UAUAUAUUUUCAAAACAUCGAUUGAAAAUGUAAUCUCUCUUUGUCAAGUGUUAAAAAUGUUAACAAAGACCUGCUACGAUUAAGUGUAACUAAUGUAGAUAUGGUCAAACUUACAGAUUAUGCUAUUCAUGCGAUUCUUAAAUACAUAAUAGAACAGGCCCUGUUGAUCAAUAACAUAAAACAGAAAUCAUACCCUAUUAAGGUAUAACAUAAGAAUAAUCCAAACUUUAGAAAUGUAUUAGAAAAACCAAGUAAAUGUGCCUGUUCCUUAAAAAAAUGACUAAAGAAAUUCAUUCAAAAAAAAUGAUUACAAACCUUAACCUUAAGUUCCUACAAAGGAGUAUUUAAACAAUGAGUCUAGAAAACCUGAUUACUCUAAAACCAUUGAUGUUAAUAGAGUCAGCAAUAAACAUGAUUAUUUGGAUAAAAAAAUUGAUAGUCAUGAUAAAAGAGCAGAUUAACAAUAUCUCUCAAAUGAUAAAAGACCUUACUCUUCUAAUUAAAAAAUCACUUCUGAUAAUGAUAGAAAUAGUUAAUAAUUAAUUAACUAAUUAAAAGAGGAAUAAUAAUAAACUGAAAAAUUAAGAGCAGAAUUAUCAUAAGCUAAUUAAAAAGAGAGAGAAGCAUAAAGAAGAUUGUAUUUUUAUUUUAGUAUUUUAGAUAAAAAUUAGAAUAAGAAUUUGAACUCAAAAUUAGAGAAGAUAAAUUAAAAAUUUAACAAUUAACUGAUGAAAAUAGAAAUUUAAAUACAAAAUUAAAUUAAACAAAUAAACAUAUACAAGAAGAAGUAAAUAAAGUCAGAAAUUAAUAUGAAGAUUAGAUAAAUGAAUUAGAAUAAAUUUUAAAUGAAAAAAAUUAAUAAUUAGAAAGUAUUGCUUAAGAAUAUAAUUUGGUAACAAUUUUUUAUAAAUUUAUUAGGAAGAAUUACAAUAAACUCUUAAUGAGUUACAAUAAGAAUCUUCAAUGAAA